UAAUUUAUGACUCUUUCACGUGUAUUUUCGUGUGGCCUUUCCUUACUCCCGAGAAAGUUCCUUUUUUUCUUACACUUUUUUUUUUUUAAGUACUUGAAAAAUUCAGACAAAAGCAGAAGAAGCAAAGUUCUUCUGUCUGUGUCUGAUUCUACGUCUGUCUCCGCCACCAUGACCAGCUCUUCAUCUCCUUCACGCAAGGCGUUAAGCAAGAUCGCGUGUAAUAGGCUACAGAAAGAGUUAUCAGAGUGGCAAGUCAAUCCUCCCACUGGGUUUAAGCACAAAGUUACCGAUAAUCUCCAAAAAUGGAUAAUAGAGGUAACAGGAGCACCAGGUACGCUCUAUGCGAAUGAAACUUACAAGCUUCAGGUUGAUUUUCCUGAACAUUACCCCAUGGAAUCUCCUCAGGUAAUUUUUGUUCCACCAGCGCCGCUACAUCCGCAUAUUUACAGCAAUGGACAUAUUUGUUUAGAUAUUCUGUAUGACUCGUGGUCUCCAGCAAUGACGGUUAGUUCAGUCUGCAUCAGCAUUCUCUCCAUGCUAUCGAGUUCACCGGAAAAGCAACGUCCGGCUGAUAAUGACCGAUACGUAAAGAACUGCAAGAACGGGAGGUCUCCUAAAGAGACGAGAUGGUGGUUCCAUGACGACAAGGCAUGAGGAUGAUAUGAUCAAACAUCAUAAAUAAAAGAAGAGGUUUUAUAUAAUUUCCCCAGACUGAUGGUACUAAUUUGAAUUCCUUGUGGCCUCAACUCUUUUUCUUUCUUCCUAUCUUUGUCUUCUGUAUGGAUGAUUAUGUGACAUCUGAAAUGUCUUACACCUUGAAUUAUCAGUUUCUGCGUUUCUCUUCCCUAAAGUAACCUUUGGAUAUUCUAGGCAAAUUGUAUUUGGAGACA